AUGGCCUGCGAGCAAGGCAACCGAAAGUCUGCUUCACAACGAUUGGCUACCGGUUCGUGCUCCACGAUUGGCGGCCAGAAAGCCAAUGAGAACACAGAAAGCCCGCCGGAAAGACGGCACGCUUCGACGUUGGCGACAUUUAAAUGUCUGGUGCGACAGACAGCGUACUAUGCUUGUUUGGCAACUCCUAGUCCACACAGCGCCGAUAAGUCUACGGACAACAUGGUGUCAGCGGCUGCUCUGACCCACGAGAUGAGUCUCACACCUCCAGGGUGGUCGAUGUUUGAGUUGCGAACGCGGACCUCGGUGUGGCCUCCGCCCUCCAUAUCGCCCUUCUCGAACGACAAGUCGCAGGAGCACAUUGGCCACCCCCGUGACUCUGGUCUGGGCUACUCCAUAGGCUCCAUCACUUCGUCAGCAUCUUCCUCUGGACCCUCAUCUGCACCCCACGGCUCGUCCAACCAGACCAUCUGCCCCCUGUGUUUCACGGUGACACUUCGCUCCACCCUGCCAUCCUCGUCCUGCUCAGGACAGGUUUGCGAGCAGUGCAUCGCCAGGCAACGAAAUGAUGAGGUGUUGACGGCGCAAACGUCUAGUCAGCUUGGCAACGCGGGCGUCCAUAAGCGCUGGCACGCACGCACCCACACCUACCGGCGUCUAGACACGGUCUAACCGUUUAGAGUAAAAAACAGACACCGUGAAGUGGUGGCGGCGGCUGUGGCAGCGGUUCCAUCGUGUGGCCGGUCUCUGCGCCGGCAUCCGAAACGUAUUUCAUGUCUAGACAUUAAAGGGAAUUGUGCCGAUGUGUCAGGGGAGUCGAACUUCCGCACGAAGCCGUCAGGACGAUCGAUUCUGCAGACCUUCCGGCGAAAUCUGCCCUGGCGUCCGUUCAAGUCGACUUCGCCAACGGCAAUAGCCACGACGGCGAGGGAGAACCAGAGCCUACGCGGCGACUGCCACACCUUUCACUCAGUGUCACCGUUGUUUGUUCCCACUGCACCCCAAGGUCCCCCUGUAUUCCACUGUUCGCCGCGAAUAUCGAAGACAGGCACUGUUAACCCGCCACCCAAUCGUAACCCCUUUACCCGGACAAGCGCCGAGCAGAUGGUGAAGACACGGUAG